UUAAGUCAAAAUGUACAGGCUCAUAUUAUCAGCCUUAGUGAUCGCGGCAGUCGCGUGUCAGCAACAAGAGAGUGGGAGACGAGUUCCGAAAUACGCGGGUGAUCCGAAAACAGCAGCCAUCGUUCAAGAAGCUCGCUAUCUCAGUGGGAAUGGUGCAUUCGGAUCUGCGUACCAGCAGGAAGAUGGAAUUAACUUCAAAGAAGAGACAGAUGCCGAUGGCAACAGACGAGGCAGCUAUUCUUACAUAGACCCAAGUGGUCAGAGGAAAACUGUAAACUACGUCGCCGGUAAGAACGGAUUCCAGGCUAGUGGAGACCACAUUCCUACCGCACCCCAGCCUGUAGCGCCCACACCCGGCUACACACCCGACCCGCGUUACAACUCUCCGGAGUACACAGCCCCUCAAAAGUACACUGCUCCUCAACAAUACAACGCCCCCGCUCCACGGAACUAUGGCGGCAAGCCCAACGAAGACGACGGUCAAUACUACCCCGAAUUGUACGAGACCAACAACUACGUCGCUCCCCAAAAGCAAUACCAGCAACCUCAAGCACAGUACCAGCAACCUCAACCCCAACCUCAGUACCAAGCCCAGCCUAAAUACCAAUCGCAGCCUCAGUACCAGGCUAACAACAUCUACCCCGGUGUUCAGCAAGCUCAAUACAGUGGAGUUCAGAAUCAACAAUACAGCGCUCCCCAGUCCGCCCGCCAGGAGUACUACGAGCCAACAACGCCACCUCCAUCGCGUUUCUUUCCUCCAGGCAAGUUCAGUCUGAACCGUGCGCCUGAUGGUUACACCUACUCUUUCCACAAAGUAUAAAUCUCAAAGGACUGUGGCGAUUUGUUGCGCCCGAAACGUAAGAAGCACGCGUCAAUUAAUAUUUCGCCGAGUCAUCAGGGGUUCCUACGUGCUCGCUUGCUUCGAAAGCAUUUCUUAAUUGUUGUUUGCUGUGAUAUUGUGUGCUAAUGGACAAUGUGUAUAAAGUGCUGGUAUUGUUACUAGGAGAGGAAUU